UAAACAUUAAACAGGAAGAAGAGGAUCACAAAAACAAGUGAAAACGCGAAUUCUGCUGUUCGCUCCACUUCGCUCCACUUCGCUCUAAAAUGGCGAGCACCAUCAGCACUCAGCGGGGACAGGUGUACAUCGGAGAGCUUCCGUCUGACUUCCUGAGGAUCACUCCGACUGUCCAGCAGCAGCAGGUACAGAUGGACGCUCACGCGGCGCAGCAGCUGCAGUACGGAGGCAGCUUCAACUCCAUGGGCCGGAUCAGCAUCACAGUAGUGCAGGCGAAGUUGGCUAAGAACUACGGCAUGACGCGCAUGGACCCGUACUGCAGAAUUCGGCUGGGCUACACCGUGUACGAAACACCAACAGCGCACAACGGCGCCAAAAACCCACGCUGGAACAAAGUGAUCCAGUGCCCUCUGCCUCCCGCUGUCGACUCCUUCUACCUGGAAAUCUUUGACGAGCGGGCGUUUUCUAUGGAUGAUCGCAUCGCCUGGACUUACGUGACUAUCCCCGAAAAUUUGAGAGAAGGCGCCAUCGUUGACGAGUGGUACAGCCUGAGCGGAAGACAAGGAGACGAUAAAGAAGGCAUGAUUAACCUCGUCAUGUCCUACUCUGCGGUCCCUGCAGGUAUGAUCAUGCCGUCCCAGCCCGUGGUCCUGAUGCCCACCGUAUACCAGCAGGGUGUCGGCUAUGUGCCCAUCGCAGGUGUGCCAGGUGUCUAUAACCAGGGUGUGAUGCCCAUGGGGAUGCCCGUCACUGCCCCCCACAGAACCCCGUACAGUGAGGAGGACCUGCGGGCCCUGAGCGACAUGUUCCCCAACCUGGAUAAGGAAGUGAUCAGGAGUGUGAUGGAGGUGCAGGAGGGGAACAAGGAUGUAGCCAUUAACUCACUCUUGCAGAUGGCUGAGGAGGUCUGAUUGUGCGCCAGGCACUCAGUGGGAACACACAAAGGCCACUAAAACCCGUCACCAUCAGCAUUAUCUUCAUGAAGUCCAAAAAAUACUUGCAUCUCCAUCCCUGGAUUUUACAUUAAAAUAUCAGCAUUGCUUUUCUUUUUGUAUUUAGUUUUUUUCCUGAAGAUCAUCCUGGUUUGGUUCCAUUCUACAUUUUCUUGGUUUGCUUAAUUGUUCAGUAUUUGUAUCUUGUCUAGCUUUAGCCUUGUCUCCACUCAGAGGUAUAUAAAUAAAGUUAUAAUAAAUAUAUAAAUAUUUAAUUGGUUGUAAUAUACUGCAUUUUUAAGAUAAUUAAAUAUAUUUAAUGAUAA